AUGGAGAAAGACGAAAACUCAUCUUCUAGCAGCUUGGCUGCUUCUAUAGCCGAGCUUCCUGGAUCUAACGACUUAGAGCUUGCAAACACUGCUUUGAAGAAGGAAGGAUACCACAUUUUCAAAAGCAAGAAGGACGGUUUACAUAAAUUCAGGAAGAUCAAGGGAAACAAGAAGUAUAAAAUGGCUGCACAAAAAGAAUUUGACCUUCUUGCUCAACUCAUGUGUGACUGGGUUCAAGGAUACAUGAUGGCACAACAGAAUUUGAAUAAGGUGAUGGUCCCAUUUGACUAUGAAGUUGAAAUAGACUUCGCCCAAGCUCCAAUCUUCAUUUCAGAUGACUGGGAGACAAAUACUGAGAGAGCUCUCGUCCUGAUCCAAGGGACAGGGGAGGUACGCGCAGGUCUCUGGUCUAGAAGCGUUUGCAUAAACGAAAGCAUUGAUCUUGGGAGUAUGAUCCCUGAUAUAGAAUUUGCACAGAAAAAUGGGUUCUCAGUCCUUGUUAUGAACCCUAAUUAUGCACAGAGUUCAAAUGGGGCUGAGGUUGAUCCCAAAAUCAGUGGAAUGGUGAACCAUUCCAAUUAUUGCUGGGCCAAGUUCGUUGAGGAAGGAGCUUGCCCGGCUCAAGAGAUCUGCGUUGUGGCUCACUCUGCAGGAGGCAGAUGCAUGCAUCAGAUUAUUGUUAAUUAUGAAAUCACUAUGAUGACUAGAGUCAAGGCGAUUGCCUUAACAGAUGCUUGCCAUGGAGCAUUCCAUAAGGAACUUAGUGAGGAAGGGCAGGAGUGGGCUAAACAAAGCUGUAUUGCUUAUGAUAGAUCUAAAAAGCCAUUGAACACACCUCUAAUUAGGAAGAAGCCUAAGUCUAUUUUUCCUGAAGUCUCAGCAGGGCAUUCCAAACAUGCUUAUACCACCGGGUGUGCAAGAGAGUCUUAUCUUUCUUGGUUCUAUGAGAGAUGCAGUAACAUUUAAUGCUGCUUCUUCACU